AUGCCAAAGAUACCGCAAUAUACCAAAGAACAAGUAGACAAAGCUUUAGAAGACGUUAGUCAAGGUAUAUCAGUUCGUACAUCAGCCAAAAAAUAUGGUAUACCUAGAGCAACACUACAAUUUAAAUUGAAACACCCGGAUAGCAAGAGUGAAUUUGGACCAGAACCCUACUUGACUAGAGAAGAAGAAAAACAGUUAGAAGAAUGGCUAUGCGAUAUGGGCAAAAGAGGGUUUCCUAAAAAUGCCGAAGACAUACUAGACUCUGUUCAAAAUUUUCUGAAUAAAAACCCCAGAGAGACUCCAUUCAGCAAAAAUAGACCUGGAAAAGGGUGGUUAAAAGGUUUUUUAAAACGCCAUCCUAGGAUAACUAAAAGAACGUGUGAAGCUGUUACGCAGGCGAGUGCAUGUGUAUCCGAAUCUGACAUCAGAAACUGGUUUGAACAAAUCAAGGAUCAGAUAAACAACUCUAAUCUAACCCAUAUUUUAGAUGAUCCUUCCAGAAUUUUUAAUGCUGAUGAAAGCGGUUUUCAAACCUGUCCAUCUACCGGAAAAGUCUUUGCUGAAAAAGGAGAGAAGAAUGUCUACAUUAUUAAUAAAGGAAAAGCCAAAGAAAAUAUGACAGUACUGUUUACAAUAUCUGCUGAUGGACAGAUGGUGUUGCCUACGAUUGUGUACCCCUAUCAACGUUUACCAGAGAGAAUCAAACAAACUGUACCUGAUGACUGGGGUGUAGCAACUAGUAGUUCAGGUUGGAUGACGGCGGAUACAUUUAAAUAUAUUAUCGAGCAUGUUUUUCACCCUUUUUUAGUGAGAAAUAACGUUCAGCUACCAAUUUUGUUAUUUGUUGACGGACACAAAUCUCAUUUAACCUACGACCUAAGUGUACUAGCUCGCUCUCUUCAAAUAGAAAUAUUUGCUCUGUAUCCAAACGCCACUUGGAUUCUUCAGCCAGCUGAUGUGUCACUAUUUAGACCUGUAAAACAGUUCUGGAAAUUGGCAGUUAGAGAAUGGCUGUUUGAGAAUAUUGGUGAAGUUGUUUCUAAGCAAAAUUUUGCUUUCGUUCUAAAAAAAGUUACUGACAAAAUUAGUUCUGCCAGCAUUGUAAAUGGCUUUCGAGCUUGCGGCCUCUACCCUUUUGAUCCAAAUGCUGUCGAUUAUUCUAAAUGCUUAGCCAAGUCAGUAUCCAGAUCUGAAGAUACUGUACGCAUUUCAAAUAAUGAACCAGAAAAAUCAUUAUCACUGACAAAAUUUUCAGAAAUCGUAGGCGCAGAGAUGAUUAAUAAAUUUAAAGACAUUAAAAAUAUAAUGCAAGAUGUGCAAAACAAUGAAUCAUUUUUCAUUCUUUAUCAAAUAUGGAACUUUUAUCAUUCGAAUACUGAAAAUACUACAGAGAAUACUUAUGCAAGUGAGGAAGGGGAAUACAAUGACAUGGAACCAGAACUGACAAAUAAACAACAAGAAAACUAUAACACAACAAUCAUUAAUAACAAUAGUUCUGAAAACGAAAGUCAAAAUAUAAUCAUGGAAACACACCAAAGCCUUGAAAGAAUCCAGGAUGAACAAAAUAGCGCGAGAAAUGACCAUCAAACCUGUGAAUAUGAAAACUUUCCUUACCCUGAUGAAGAACCCUUUACAAUUCAACCUUUAAAUAAUGAACAAAUCAACAUUACUCGUGAUCUACAGAAUAAGGACCAAGAACUUGUAACUUUAGUAGACCUAGGAAUAGCCAAUGAUGACAUCCAUGACAAAAACCUACCAUCUUGUUCAAUAACAAAACUUAAAGAUUUCUUAGCAAUGCCUUCAGAACCAACCAGAAAAGGGAAACGUAACAUUGAGAGACUACCUUACCACAUAUCAGGACCAGAAUACCAAAAGAUUUUAGAAGAAAAAUCCAAGGAAAAGAAUAGACUAGAGGAAGAAAAGAAGGCAAAGAAAGUGAUUAGAGAGCAAAAAAAAGAAGAAAGAAAGAGGAAACUAGAGGAAAUAAAGACGAAAAAGUUGGAAAAGUCUAGAAAAAUUGAGUCUAUUUCUUGCUGUGGUGUGUGUAAAAGAGUGGUAAAGAGCAUAAAAUUGAGAUGUUGUGAAUGUCAGAAAGCAUAUCAUAAAUUGUGUAUUCCUAAAUCACACCUUAUGCAUAUACCUCAGGAGGAAGGUGACAAUUUCUUAUGCCAUAACUGCUUUUGCACGGAAAAUGAUGAUAGUAUUUCUGCAAACGAGGAGAAUGAAAGUGACGAAGAAAAUCGGGAAUUUUUAAAUAUAAUAAGAUCAGGACAAAAAGAAUUAGGUUUGAGCUGCGUAAAAUUUUAA